AUGGACAGAUCGGACCCUGAAUCGGCCGACAGCUCCAAAUCCUCUGCAGAGAACAAAAAUGCGCGUGAAGACUCAACUUCUGCUCGCCUAUUAUUUGCGCUUUUUCCUGUGUGGAUUCAGCAACAACAAUGCCUCGCAGGGGUGCGACCUUCCAUCAGAGCUGCUGCGUCAUCGAUAUACAGAGAAUAUGGAGCCUUGGGCUUUUGGCGUGGCUCACUGGCCACUAUCCUUCGGGUGGCCCCAGGGACCGGCAUUUACUUUGCAGCUUUAGGGCCAAUGAUGAGCACAUGGGGCGCGGUAGCACCUCUUCUGAAGACUUUACCGGUGGAGAGGAUAUCAGGCACGCCCGUUGAGUUUGACCCAAAUGUCGUUCCUGCAUGGUACCUCGGGGUCAUUUCCGGCGUAGCUAGGGGAGCAGCCGUUGCCAUUUUCAAUCCGAUUUCUAUUGUGAAGACCAGAAUGGAGUCGUCCUUGGGCUCCGGAGGCAUGUUGCAAGCUUUCACACAACUGCUCCGAAAUGAGCGGCCUUUUGACUGGUUUCGAGGGACUCUUGCUACAAUUUGCCGGGAUUUUCCCUUCUCUGGGCUGUUUUUUGUGGUUUACGUGAACUUGAAAAGCCAUAUGGGUGUGGAGGCUGAUGCUCGAGAGCGUGUUAGUUGUUAUGCACUCCGGAAUUUCGGUUGUGGUGCUUUUGCAGCUGCCACAGCCUCUGCUAUCACACACCCGUUUGAUGUGUUAAGAACUCGACUGCAACUGGAUGGGGUGGCCGUUUCAGCAGCGACGACCUCUUCAACUGCAAUGCGCUCUGUUGUCCGUGGCAGUGACCGGCAGGGACUAGCGCAUAGAGGGCUUUUUCGGCGUGUUGCACAGUUGGCGGCAAACGAAGGACCGGAUGUCUUGUGGCGUGGCCUUGGAAUGCGCCUGCUGAAACGCAGCCUUAUGGCUGCACUUACUUGGACUUCUUUCGAAGAGAUAAAGUCAGCAAUUUCAGGCCGUACUUAA